CAUGCGUCUUGUACACGCGUACCCUCACCUACCCAAGAAGAAUCAUCAAGUAUUGAUAGUCAAAGAACCAUGUCUCAAGUGCUAGUACACAAAUACAAACACAAUUUGGGAAAUCGGUUCUAUGGUGGCGAUGCGUGGAAACCCACAACCCCACCAAAAGCAUGUCGUCUUGUGCAUGUGUACCCUCGCCCUAUCCAAGAAGAAUCAUCAAGUAUUGAUAUGAUAGUCAAAGAACCAUGUCUCAAGUGA